AUGGUUUUAGAGUACGUUAAAAGUUCUAAAAGAAAAGAUUUAUUAGUGUUUGUAGGAUAUCUAUUUGAAAAAGAUUAUACAAAAAAUGGUAAGACGUAUUGGAAAUGUACAAAAUACAAUACCGAUAAGUGUCUUGGACGAGCACACACUAAAGAUGAUGCAGUUGUACACCAUAAAGAUGAACACAAUCACAUACCAAAUGCAGCAGAAAUUGGUGCUAAGAAACUUAUACAAAAAGUAAAGGAAACGGCAACUAGUCAAAUUGAAGCUACACCGCAUCAAGUAAUUUCUCAAAUCCCAUCUUCAUCUCAAGCAAUAUGUGCUGCUUUACCAUCAGUGCCAGCUAUGAAAAAAAUUGUACAAAGAAUCAGACGUCGAGAAAAUGCUCCUCCAUCAAAUCCUUUAACUCUAGCAGAGUUGAUUCUUAUUGAACCAUAUACACAUACACUAAAUAAUGAUCCAUUCAUUCUUUAUGACAGUGGUGUGGGAAAUGAUAAUCGGAUUUUAUUAUUUUCCACGGACAAAAAUUUGAAAAUAUUAGCAUCCGAACAAUGUCACUGGUUUAUUGAUGGUACAUUUAAAUCAUCCCCGCACCUAUUUACUCAGCUUCUUACGAUACAUACUAUAAAAUUUAACACAGUUUUACCGUUGGUGUUUGCGCUUCUCCCAAAUAAAACAAAAGCUAGUUAUGAUCGAGUAGCAAGAGAACUCUUAAAUUUAAAUAAAAACCUACAACCAGCAACUAUUAUGACCGACUUUGAACCAGCAUUAUUUGGUGCAUUUUCUGAUAUUUUUACUAACACCAAAAUUAGAGGCUGUUUUUUUCACUUUGGGCAGUGUAUAUGGCGAAAAAUACAAACUAUGUCUGAUAUUCGUGAAAAAUAUAUUUCAGAUGCAGAUUUUGCUUUAAACAUAAAACAAUUAAUGGCAUUAGCUUUUAUUCCAGUACGUGAUGUCGAAGACACAUUUGACGAACUAAUGUCACAAAGUUUUUUUGUAGAACACGAAGAACUUUUGCGUCCACUAACUGAUUAUUUUGAAGAUACGUGGAUCGGUAGACCAACAAGACGAAGAAUCCGUCGGCCACCUACAUUUAGUCUAGAUUUGUGGAACCAAUAUGACGCGACACUUGAAGGAUUACCUAAAACAAACAACUCAGUCGAAGGUUGGCAUAAAGCUUUUUCUUCUUUGUUAGCUGCAACUCACCCAACUAUAUGGCGAUUAAUUGAUACCCUUAAAAAAGAACAAGGAUUAACUGAAAUAAAAAUUAACCAGUUGAUGGUUGGUCAAGAACCACCAGCUAAAAGAAAAAAAUACCGAGAAGUAGCUACACGGAUAGAAAACAUUGUAGCUACUUACAAUGAUUGCGAUAAAAAAGAAUAUUUAAUUGGAAUAGCACAUAAUUUAGAGAUGCAAAAAUAA